AUGUAAAUUUUGAUUAGUUUUAAAUUAGUAUAUAUUUAUGAACAUGCCUCUGAGGCUCUGACGAGCAUUGCUCGUUUAAAUUCGUUACAGUUAUUAAUACUAACUUAUUAGUAGUUUUCCAAGCAAUUAACUAAAUUUCUGCGAAAUUCGUAAAUGAUCACAAAUUACCAUAACCAUGCCAGGCAUGCAGGUAUGUAGUUAUACAGUAAUUUGUAUAUAAUAAUGUUUUGUGGCUAUAAUGAGAAUUUUAUGUAUUUAAUGGCAGUGAUUCUCCAUUAUCAUUUUUCAAGAGCAUUGUAUUUGUACGUACACUUUAAAUGCUUCUGAGUUACAUAAGUUAUAAAUACAUUAUCGUAUUUUUGCGUUCGAGACUUUAUACAUAAAUAAAUUAUUUCUGGUUUAUUUAUUAAAUACUUUUUAUCAUCGUCUAAAGCUGAAACAAGCAAAUUUUCCUACGUCUUCAAUUUCGCGAUUGUGUCAGGUUUUUUUGCUCAUCUUCUGAUCUUUCAAAAAAAAAUAACAAGCACGACACAUUUGUAAGACGAGAAAUCUCACAAUGUUCUCUAAUCGACUUUUAAAAACUUACUGGAUACGUCAAUAUAUCACCGGCCUAUUUCACUGCACGCCAUUUCAGGUGGUAAAAAUUCGUGGUGAACCAAUAUUGAAAGUGUCACCAUGGAGAAAGCUUGUGCCCUUUAUUGUCCUGUGCAUUUGUCUCCUGUUCUACUGCGUGAUGUCGAUUUUACGAAUGUACAUGCGUAUCUGGGAACCUAAUAUUUACCGAGUAGAAUUUGUCAUGGAUGUUGCGCUAGGCCAGACUGCGAUUCUCACGGCGGCGUUAUCACUGCUAAUGGUCACAGGGCGAUGGGAUCAUAUCAAUAUGCUCAACAUCAUAAUGUCCUUGGACAAAAAUUUGAAAAGUAAGAAUUGUCACGAUUCAUACUUAUGUAAAAUCUAGAGUAGACCGGACGAGAUUUUACAAAAUGUACUCAAGACAACCUUAGCAUCGCAACUAAUUUAGAAAAUUUACGAACCUCAAAAGUACCUCAAAAGAGAGGAUUUUCAAAAUAUGAUUUCGUAAAUUUCGUAGACCAAAUAAAAACUGUUCUGUUUAGCUUAUUUAGUUUUCAUGGAUUACAUAUCUAUAAUUUCUAAAUAUCGCUUCUGAUGGAGAGGACCAGUUUACAAAAUAAUGUUGCGAAAUAGAAACUUUUUGGUAAAUUUGCGAAAUCUAUCAAGAGUAUUGCGAAAUCUCGCAAAUGUCGUCAAGUUAGUUUACUAUGCUCAACAUUCAAGAUAUGCGAAGGUUGUCGUGAGUAUGUAAAUAUGCCGACAAAAGUUUCAAGCGUUUUAAUUUUAUUCCUAGAAAACAUUCCAUUUCUCAUGCUUUUCAUGAAAAGUAAGAUGCAAACUUUUUACUUAAAAUUGGGCAUUGAAGGACUCAUGUUCCUCGCAGCAGUGGCGUCUUUAAUGGUUCCGUUGAUUAUCGGAAUAGUUGUCCUCGACCCUGCAUCAUUUAUGCAUCGACUUUUCUUAAGCUUAUUCAACAUCCGAUUAAGACUGGAAUUGAAAAUUCUGCCUUUGAUAUUCCUCAUCGUAUUUUUUAAUUUACAGAUUAGCAACGUGAUCUUCCACUACCUCGGUUGCGGCUUACUCUACAUUUACGCUGCUAUCGCUUGGCUGAAAACUGUGGAGGUUUCGCGAGUUCAAAACAAAGGGAUAACACGAUGGAAAAAAUGUGACCUCGUUUCGAACACGGAAGACAACUUAAAUUUUCUUCAAACUUAUAGACAACUUCAGCUCGUUGACCUAUGGGUGAACGUGAUUUAUGGCAAUUUUCUACUCAGCGUUCAUUUCGCCGGAACUUUCGUUAUUUCACUCGCUACAAGUUUUCUGUUAAUACGAAUGCCCGGUCAAGUCAGCCCGGCGAUGAGUAUUUUUGCUCUGGCGGGACUCUUGAGUUGUGUUUCAAUUGUUUACGGAGAAGUACUGUUGGCCGAAAUGGUUUCCUCGUCAUGUGAAAUGUUUAUACGAGCUUGUACCUCAAAGUUUAGGAAGAAAAGUGUGAAGGGUAAGUUGGUAGCGUCGCUUUGGACGAUCCGAUUUCGAUCGGGACGACCAUUCUUCCUUUUGGGACGUCACAGCUUUCUUCGUUUUCUGAAUGAGCUACUGUAUUUCUUAGCGACCCUGCUGAUCGCGACAAAGUAAAUACUGAGAACAAUUCUAAGGAAACCAGUGAUACUGAAACUAAUCGCCGGAAAGUAUGGAAAAUGGGAGUAAAUUAAAUGGCAACAAUAUUUCUUGGGACUGUAAAACCAUGGAGAACCUGCUUUUAAAUUUUAAGUAUGCAUGCUAGGUAUUUAUGUACGUCCUAGAAUUCAUACUUAGGUAUAUUUGUUUCUAAACAUAUGCAUAUAUAUUUACGCUUCGGGGUAUUA